GUUUUCUGAUUGCCUGGUCCUCCAAGACGGUCAAGUUGCAAUUGAACUUUGCAACCGCCCGUCAUUCUUCGUGCUUCUUCCUUCAUUCUCGAAAGCGACAUCACCCUUUUUUCACAGUUCGGCUAGACCCUGCUCCUCCGUCAGCAUGGCAGCUGAGGCUCUCCCAACCGUCCCGGUGCCCCUGCCCGGCCUGGUCAAGCACAUUGCCCAGCACCCCAAGACACCGAUGAUGGAACUGCUGGAGCCGUACCGAAAAUACGAGGCCCAUCUUCGCCAGGCCUUCGCCCAGGACACUGGUAAUGAGCUGCUCAGGGACCCCUACGUCAACGUCCUGCCACUAUUCACCGAAGACACCCAGGACAUCAAAAUCAGGGCCCGCAAUAUAGAGUCCGAGUCGAAGGAGGAGAAAUCCAGAUACAUCAUGCCUCUCCCUGCCGAGAUUCGCCGGCCAGACGGCUCGCCCGCCAUCGUCCAGUCUUUGAAGGAAUUCCAGCGUAACUUCAGUGUCUUCUCCGAGUCAUCGCUCGCCGAACUCAACUGGGAUAACGUGGUUGCAGCGGGAUCCUCUGUCGUCAACACUCUGCUUCCUGUUCCGGAUGAGUACAACCGUUCCAAGCGUGGCCUUCGCGAGUUCUACCACGAGAAGUUCAGCCCUGCAUCAGACGUCGAUCUGUUUCUGUACGAUCUCACCGAAGAGCAGGCCAUUGAGAAGAUCAAAGAGAUCGAAACUCGGGUUCGCGACGCUCUUCUCAGCGAGAUUACCGUCGUCAGGACCAAGCAUGCCGUCACGAUCUGCAGCCAGUAUCCAACCCGUCACAUCCAGAUCGUGCUCCGCAUCUACAAAUCUGUUUCGGAAAUCCUUACCGGCUUCGAUAUUGACUGUUCAGGGGCCGCCUACGACGGCAAACAGGUGUAUUGCACUCCACGCGCCCUGCAGUCGUACAUGACGCAGAUCAACCACAUUGACUUGUCUCGCCGGAGCCCGUCAUACGAGAACCGACUCUCAAAGUACAGCCAUAGAGGCUUUGAGGUGUAUUGGCCCGAUCUCGACCGUUCUCGAAUCGACCCCACCAUCUUUGAACGGAGCUUUCAGCGAACCCUGGGGCUUGCAAGACUCUUGGUCUUGGAAAGGCUUCCCACCUCGAACGCGCGGGACGCCUACCUGGACAAGCGUCGCGAGGAGAGGGGCCGUCCUCGUCUUGAUCGCUAUCAUCGCCGGCUUCGGGCCCUUGCGGGCAACAUCAAGGAGGACUACGAAGAUGAGGUGGCGGACUGGUUCACGGAGGAGGAGGUUUCCAACUACCACACCUUCACCAUUCCUUACGGGCCAAAGUUUCACGCGAAACGGAUCGAGAAGCUUUGCUACACCAGAGACCUUUUGCUCAACGCGGAGUGGAAUCAGCCUGGCGACAGAGAAGUCUACCUCCAUCGUCAUCCAGCAUUCGUGAGACCAUACAGGCCCGCUUUCUCGUAGAUGAAGGAUGCUGAUCAAUCAAGUUUGGCCGGUUCGAGGACGUCGCCAACGAUUGCUGCGGAUAUUGCCCUGUUCCUGAGACCGAGGAGGAGAAGGAGGUCGCAAAGGAGGAAGAGAAGGUCUAUGUCUCAGGCGGGAUCUCCUUCAUGAAGGAUGAUCCGGGCAGACAGGCAAAUGAUCCCCCAUCAUACGCAGUGGUUCGCGGUAGCG